AUGAAGAUUUUAUCCUGGAAUAUUAGAGGUAUGAAUAGUUGUCAUAAACGGGACAUAGUUCGUAAUUUGGCUAGGGAUCAUAGAAUGGACAUUUUUCUUAUUCAAGAGACUAAAAUGUCUAAAGAAAGGGUGGAGAAAAUUAAGUUUUUCAAAUUUUGUGAGUCUCAAGGGAGUAGCUCUAAUGGGGCUUCUGGAGGAGCUGUCACUUUGUGGAAUUCUCAUUUUAUUCAAGGUGUUCCUUUUUGUCAUGAUGAUAACCAUAUUGCUACAUUGUUUAAACACAUUAGGGAUGGUUUUUCUUGGAUAUUAUUUAAUAUUUAUGUGCCUAAUAACAAAGUCUCUAGAAGAAAAUUUUGGGCCAGAGUUUCUUCUUUUUGUUGUAACCAUCCUAACGCCCCUUGGUUGGUUAUAGGAGAUUUCAAUACUCCUCUCCAAGAGACUGAUAAAUUUGGGGGUUCUCAAAUACAGCUUGAUAGCAAACAGGAUUUGGCUGAUUUUAUCAAUGAUCAGUGCCUUAUUGAUCUUGACUUGACUAAGGCCUCUUUCACUUGGUCAAAUCACAGAAUUGGGGCUGAGUUGAUUCAAGUUAGAUUGGAUCAGGCCUUAAUUUCUAUUGAUUGGCUUCAACGUUACUCUUGUUCUUUGAAUUCUAUGAUCAAAGUUGGCUCGGAUCAUUACCCUAUCAGUCUUAUGGUUGAACCCAAAGGAGGGCAGCGUAGAAAGUUUCCUUUUAGAUUUGAGAAGAUGUGGUUAUCCCAUCCUAGCCAGUAUAAUUGUGUGAAGGAGUGGAGUAUUCAAAUUGAUGGUAUAACUUUGUUUCAUAUAGCCAAGAAGAUGAGAUUUGUGAAGAAGAUGGUUAAAAAAAUGGAAUAA